CUGUGGGGCUCCGGGCUUUGAUGAGAGCAGCCCGGGCAGCAGAGCGGGGGAGUGGCUAAAAGCGCUGUUAGGUUUUAAAUCCACACGUGGUCUGGGUCUUGGGCUUGUUUAGCACCGACCGCAUACACAACUAGAAACUUCUGACCAACUCAUGCCAGCGAACUGCCCGCGUCUAUCGCUGCCGGGGCAGACGGGAUCGGACGACGGUUUUGAUAGCUCAGCAGAAUGCCAUCUUACCCCCUGAACCAGUUUGCUGAGCUGGAAGAAAUGAUGUGCAAGCAUUUACAGAACCUCGACCUGAGGGAGCCAAACAGACCACCACCAUCCCUCAAUCUGGCCAUGAGAACACCAGGUUACAUCAGUGAACCAUGUAGAAACGCAUCGUUUUCCCUCUCAUCCCUCUCCUGCCUGCCCACUGAUCCUGCAGACCGUGUAUUUCUGACCUCCAGCCAAUGGGGCAGCAGUCAGAAAGUCCUCUGUCCUCACCUUGGUAAUUCCUCCCAGUGGGGAAAGUCAGGCUUCCUUUCCCAGCGCUCUGUCAGCAUGGUGGAGACCAGCAGCACCACAGGAGCAAUGCUGUCCUGGCCUGGAGCUGACAUGAAGAGCUCCCAAAGUGACAUCAGCCCCACUGCACUAAACACUAGCUCCUCAUCAUCAGCCUCAUCUGUUUCCACCUCUUCUUCCUCAUCGCGUUAUAAGACUGAACUGUGUCGAUCUUUCACUGAGAGCGGCUUGUGCAAGUAUGGUGGGAAGUGCCAGUUCGCCCAUGGCACAGAGGAGCUCCGUGACCUCAACAGACAUCCAAAGUAUAAAACUGAGCCGUGUCGUACAUUUCACACCAUCGGCUUCUGCCCCUACGGGAUUCGCUGUCACUUUGUCCACAACAGUGAGGAAGAAAAGAAACACUCCUACUCUCGGUCCUCCUCGACUUCUCCCUCUUCCUCAAACGUUCCUCACCAGCCUCCUUCCUCCUCUCGCUCACACAGACCUCCUCUCAUCAGACAGAGUUUCAGCUUCGCUGGGUUUCCUUCUACUCCUCAACAAGCCCUUCAGCCUGCCCUCUCUGGUCCUGCUCCCUCUGCCACGUCCUCCUUUACUCGUGCUCCAUCAGUGUCUCCCCUUUCCUGUGCUGAUGUUACUGACCUUCUCUCCCAUGCCUUCCUGGGGAUGGACUCUGUCUUUGAGGCCUCUCUUGCCCAACAGUACCAACCCCCUAUAGGCCAGGCUACUGCUGCCGAUCCCCGCUCUCCAUUCCUGCCUUCUCCUGACUCUGGCUUUUCUCCAUGUGGGCUGUCUCCAACCGGCUCUCCUUCUCUGAGACAGAGUCCCGGUGCAACUGGGGUCCCUUCAGGACCGCUGGGUGCCCGAUCCCUGUCCUACACCUCUCUGUCAGACCAGGAUCAGGAUGGAAGCAGCUCUGCCAGCUCAGUCAGUGGCUCUGAAUCCUGCGGUGGCAAUAACGAAGGCAACGGCAGACGUCUAGCGGUAUUCAGUCAGCUGUCUGUUCCUGAUGAUGCGACUGGAUUCUGCCUUUAAACAGUAGUGUGCUGGAACAGAAGCGUACAUAUUUGCAAAAAUUCACACAAAGCAUAUUUAAUACACACACAUUCUCACUCAAAGACACACUGUACUCACACACUACACACACCUAUAAAUGCACACUCAUCUCACACAACUUCCUGACAUCGAAGACUUUCUUCGCACCUGCUUGGCGUCAGAGGAAACAAAGAACUUUUA